AUGUCAGAUAGAAGGAAGAGCUGGGCCCCUCUGUCCAGCCGGACCCAGCAGUGGGCCCUGGAGGACAAGGAGGAACAGGAGCGAGAACGCCGGCGGCGACUCUGGAACCUGAGAUUCACCACGGACGAUGAGGACCUGCCGGCCCCUGAGAGCAGCAGCGUGAGGCUCCCGGCCAGCUCGGUCAAAUUAGGCCUGAAGGUGGAGCAAUACCUCUCGGCCAUACAGAGAUCAGAGUCUAUCAGGUAUGCAAACCCAUUCCACACUGAGUUCCCAGUGGUUCCCGUGGAUGUCACCAGCAAGCGCCACCUUUUCGAGAAGGAGCAGGUGGGCCAGAGCCAAGAGGACCCAGCCUCUAGCCGCAAGAACCAGGAGACACAGAGGGAGUUGGCAGCUGGCAGCAAGCCCCAGUGGAGGAAGAAGCCAGAGGCCCCGCUGGGUGCCGAGGGGGUGCUGGCGGGCAGGGCACAUGCGGGCUCCUAGAAGCCGUCUGCUGCACAGAAGACACUUGAGCCGAAAGCAAGCCUGGACCCUGAGACUCCCCGCCCCAGUAAAUGUUUCAUGUUCCAGAAGAUCUCUGUGCUGGAGGAGAGAGCUGUCUCAGGAAAGAGGGCAGUUCCAGACAAAGCCAGCGACUCAGAGAAAAGACCAGUGUCUGAGAAAGCCACCGUCUUCGAGAAGACCCCAGUCCCCGAGAUGCAGCCGGCCCCAGUCAGGGCCAUGGCCCCAGUGUGGCCCCAGGACUGGGAGCAGUCAGCCUCAGCAGAGUGCCCAUCCAGCCCCAGGAGGCAGCGGGGCACUGGGCCUGAGAAGGAGCCCGAGUCUUUGGCGGGGCCUCUGCCCCGGGCUGGCGGCCUCCCGCCUGUCACUCUGCAGGUGAGCAGCCCCAGCACGGAGGCGGAGGCCAAGUCCCCCUCGCCCACAGUGGCCUUGCCCACCUUCAGCAGCAGCCUGCAGCGCUCCAGCCCCCACGCCAUCUCCUUCAGGAUGAGCCCCCGGAGAGAUAGCUCAGAGGCGGCCUUAACCCGCAGCAGCAGCGUGAGGCUCCCGGCCAGCUCGGUCAAAUUAGGCCUGAAGGUGGAGCAAUACCUCUCGGCCAUACAGAGAUCAGAGUCUCUCAGGUAUGCAAACCCAUUCCACACUGAGUUCCCAGUGGUUCCCGUGGAUGUCACCAGCAAGCGCCACCUUUUCGAGAAGGAGCAGGUGGGCCAGAGCCAAGAGGACCCAGCCUCUAGCCGCAAGGAGAACUUGCAGCUCUCAGGGGUGGAGAAGUCACAGCUCAUCCUGUGGAUGAGCAGGGCCCAGGAGUCAGCACAGCAGGGCCCACAGAACCAGGAGACACAGAGGGAGUUGGCAGCUGGCAGCAAGCCCCAGUGGAGGAAGAAGCCAGAGGCCCCGCUGGGUGCCGAGGGGGUGCUGGCGGGCAGGGCACAUGCGGGCUCCUAGAAGCCGUCUGCUGCACAGAAGACACUUGAGCCGAAAGCAAGCCUGGACCCUGAGACUCCCCGCCCCAGUAAAUGUUUCAUGUUCCAGAAGAUCUCUGUGCUGGAGGAGAGAGCUGUCUCAGGAAAGAGGGCAGUUCCAGACAAAGCCAGCGACUCAGAGAAAAGACCAGUGUCUGAGAAAGCCACCGUCUUCGAGAAGACCCCAGUCCCCGAGAUGCAGCCGGCCCCAGUCAGGGCCAUGGCCCCAGUGUGGCCCCAGGACUGGGAGCAGUCAGCCUCAGCAGAGUGCCCAUCCAGCCCCAGGAGGCAGCGGGGCACUGGGCCUGAGAAGGAGCCCGAGUCUUUGGCGGGGCCUCUGCCCCGGGCUGGCGGCCUCCCGCCUGUCACUCUGCAGGUGAGCAGCCCCAGCACGGAGGCGGAGGCCAAGUCCCCCUCGCCCACAGUGGCCUUGCCCACCUUCAGCAGCAGCCUGCAGCGCUCCAGCCCCCACGCCAUCUCCUUCAGGAUGAGCCCCCGGAGAGAUAGCUCAGAGGCGGCCUUAACCCGCAGCAGCAGCGUGAGGCUCCCGGCCAGCUCGGUCAAAUUAGGCCUGAAGGUGGAGCAAUACCUCUCGGCCAUACAGAGAUCAGAGUCUAUCAGGUAUGCAAACCCAUUCCACACUGAGUUCCCAGUGGUUCCCGUGGAUGUCACCAGCAAGCGCCACCUUUUCGAGAAGGAGCAGGUGGGCCAGAGCCAAGAGGACCCAGCCUCUAGCCGCAAGGAGAACUUGCAGCUCUCAGGGGUGGAGAAGUCACAGCUCAUCCUGUGGAUGAGCAGGGCCCAGGAGUCAGCACAGCAGGGCCCACAGAACCAGGAGACACAGAGGGAGUUGGCAGCUGGCAGCAAGCCCCAGUGGAGGAAGAAGCCAGAGGCCCCGCUGGGUGCCGAGGGGGUGCUGGCGGGCAGGGCACAUGCGGGCUCCUAGAAGCCGUCUGCUGCACAGAAGACACUUGAGCCGAAAGCAAGCCUGGACCCUGAGACUCCCCGCCCCAGUAAAUGUUUCAUGUUCCAGAAGAUCUCUGUGCUGGAGGAGAGAGCUGUCUCAGGAAAGAGGGCAGUUCCAGACAAAGCCAGCGACUCAGAGAAAAGACCAGUGUCUGAGAAAGCCACCGUCUUCGAGAAGACCCCAGUCCCCGAGAUGCAGCCGGCCCCAGUCAGGGCCAUGGCCCCAGUGUGGCCCCAGGACUGGGAGCAGUCAGCCUCAGCAGAGUGCCCAUCCAGCCCCAGGAGGCAGCGGGGCACUGGGCCUGAGAAGGAGCCCGAGUCUUUGGCGGGGCCUCUGCCCCGGGCUGGCGGCCUCCCGCCUGUCACUCUGCAGGUGAGCAGCCCCAGCACGGAGGCGGAGGCCAAGUCCCCCUCGCCCACAGUGGCCUUGCCCACCUUCAGCAGCAGCCUGCAGCGCUCCAGCCCCCACGCCAUCUCCUUCAGGAUGAGCCCCCGGAGAGAUAGCUCAGAGGCGGCCUUAACCCGCAGCAGCAGCGUGAGGCUCCCGGCCAGCUCGGUCAAAUUAGGCCUGAAGGUGGAGCAAUACCUCUCGGCCAUACAGAGAUCAGAGUCUCUCAGGUAUGCAAACCCAUUCCACACUGAGUUCCCAGUGGUUCCCGUGGAUGUCACCAGCAAGCGCCACCUUUUCGAGAAGGAGCAGGUGGGCCAGAGCCAAGAGGACCCAGCCUCUAGCCGCAAGGAGAACUUGCAGCUCUCAGGGGUGGAGAAGUCACAGCUCAUCCUGUGGAUGAGCAGGGCCCAGGAGUCAGCACAGCAGGGCCCACAGAACCAGGAGACACAGAGGGAGUUGGCAGCUGGCAGCAAGCCCCAGUGGAGGAAGAAGCCAGAGGCCCCGCUGGGUGCCGAGGGGGUGCUGGCGGGCAGGGCACAUGCGGGCUCCUAGAAGCCGUCUGCUGCACAGAAGACACUUGAGCCGAAAGCAAGCCUGGACCCUGAGACUCCCCGCCCCAGUAAAUGUUUCAUGUUCCAGAAGAUCUCUGUGCUGGAGGAGAGAGCUGUCUCAGGAAAGAGGGCAGUUCCAGACAAAGCCAGCGACUCAGAGAAAAGACCAGUGUCUGAGAAAGCCACCGUCUUCGAGAAGACCCCAGUCCCCGAGAUGCAGCCGGCCCCAGUCAGGGCCAUGGCCCCAGUGUGGCCCCAGGACUGGGAGCAGUCAGCCUCAGCAGAGUGCCCAUCCAGCCCCAGGAGGCAGCGGGGCACUGGGCCUGAGAAGGAGCCCGAGUCUUUGGCGGGGCCUCUGCCCCGGGCUGGCGGCCUCCCGCCUGUCACUCUGCAGGUGAGCAGCCCCAGCACGGAGGCGGAGGCCAAGUCCCCCUCGCCCACAGUGGCCUUGCCCACCUUCAGCAGCAGCCUGCAGCGCUCCAGCCCCCACGCCAUCUCCUUCAGGAUGAGCCCCCGGAGAGAUAGCUCAGAGGCGGCCUUAACCCGCAGCAGCAGCGUGAGGCUCCCGGCCAGCUCGGUCAAAUUAGGCCUGAAGGUGGAGCAAUACCUCUCGGCCAUACAGAGAUCAGAGUCUCUCAGGUAUGCAAACCCAUUCCACACUGAGUUCCCAGUGGUUCCCGUGGAUGUCACCAGCAAGCGCCACCUUUUCGAGAAGGAGCAGGUGGGCCAGAGCCAAGAGGACCCAGCCUCUAGCCGCAAGGAGAACUUGCAGCUCUCAGGGGUGGAGAAGUCACAGCUCAUCCUGUGGAUGAGCAGGGCCCAGGAGUCAGCACAGCAGGGCCCACAGAACCAGGAGACACAGAGGGAGUUGGCAGCUGGCAGCAAGCCCCAGUGGAGGAAGAAGCCAGAGGCCCCGCUGGGUGCCGAGAAGAUCUCUGUGCUGGAGGAGAGAGCUGUCUCAGGAAAGAGGGCAGUUCCAGACAAAGCCAGCGACUCAGAGAAAAGACCAGUGUCUGAGAAAGCCACCGUCUUCGAGAAGACCCCAGUCCCCGAGAUGCAGCCGGCCCCAGUCAGGGCCAUGGCCCCAGUGUGGCCCCAGGACUGGGAGCAGUCAGCCUCAGCAGAGUGCCCAUCCAGCCCCAGGAGGCAGCGGGGCACUGGGCCUGAGAAGGAGCCCGAGUCUUUGGCGGGGCCUCUGCCCCGGGCUGGCGGCCUCCCGCCUGUCACUCUGCAGGUGAGCAGCCCCAGCAUGGAGGCGGAGGCCAAGUCCCCCUCGCUGGUGGGCCAGAGCCGAGGGCCCAGCCUCCAGCCACAAGCUGCUGGCUCCUGGCUUCAGCCGGUCUUGCCCCGGAUCUACUGGUACGGGAAGGGCCACUGGGCUCAGAGGCCCCCGGGGACCGUGGAAGGACAGCCUCAGCUGAGACGGGGCCAGGUCAACAGAAGAGCAGGAACCUGGGAGGAUCUCAUUGCCCUGGUCCAGCUCUGCAGGUGGGCCAACAGCUGCUGUCAGGACGAGUCCAGCUGCCUGCUGGGCACAGGGCUGAGG